AUGACAACGGAUCGAAGUAUUUCGACAAUACCAUCUUCAUUUGUCUAUGAAGACUUACUCUCUCAAGUUAGGACAAUUCAAGAUUACAUGGCUAAAAUUAAAAAUGUACUUGAUAAUCGAUUGAAAGAUGGAAAAAGAAAGCGACAUGAAUUGAAAUCUCGUUCACUAAUAUUUAUCGAUCCAUAUGGUAAUAAAAUUGUCGACAAAAUUAUGGAUCAUGAAAUGAUCAAUAAUGUCUUAAUAACGUUUAAGAAGAAUUAUGUACCAAAGUAUUUACAAAAAUGGAUAAAAAUUGGAAUUAUGAAAGAUUCUAUUAUCUCAUCAGCUAAUAAUUGUGGAUUGAGAUCAACUGUAUCUCAUUAUGCAAAUGGCUAUCAAUUUAUUGCAUAUAGUGAAGUAAUUGUAUGGCUUGGGUAUUAUAAGCAUUUACCGCGUCAUCAAUGUAAUUUGCGUGUUCUGUUGAUCGAUAAUAUGGAAAAAAUUAAAAUGCAAAUAAACAAAGUUGGACAAUUUCCUAGUCUAGAAUUAAAAUCAUGUACGUUAAAGCCAAAAACAAAACCGAGCGAAAAAGAUUGGAAUGAAGGUACAACACUUGAAUCAGAAGAUACAAUUAUGUCACGUCACUUAUAUGAAGAUAAUUGUGUUAUCAUGGCAAAAGUUAUACAAGAAAAGACUGAUUUUCUCAUAUUUGUGAAGCCACCCAUUGGAAAAACGAUCACUUUGUCAGUGAAUUCAGGGAUGGAUAUGAUAGCUGUGAAAGAACUACUAGAAAAAAAAGAAGGCAUUCCUGUUGAUCAGCAACGUCUAAUGUUUGCUGGCCAAGAGGUAGAAGAUGACAGAACUCUUGCAGACUAUGACAUAUGGAACGCAUCGUUAAUGUAUAUGGUAGUUCGUUUACGAGGUGAAAUGUAUCAUUUUACUGGUGGUCGACAGAACUUCAAUAACUUGGCUUGUGACAGUGCCGAAGCAGUUAAUAUAGAAGAAAAGACUGAUUUUCCCAUAUUUGUGAAGACACUCACUGGAAAAACGAUCACUUUAUUAGUGAAUUUAGGGAUGGAUAUGAUAGCUGUGAAAGAACUACUAGAAAAAAAAGAAGGCAUUCCUGUUGAUCAGCAACGUCUAAUAUUUGCUGGCACACAGAUAGAAGAUGACAGAACUCUUGCAGACCAUGGCAUAUGGAAAGAAUCGACAAUACAUCUGGUACUUCGUUUACGAGGUGGAAUGUUUCAAUUUACUAGUGGUCGACAGAACUACGAUAACUUGGAUUGUGGCCUUGCCAGAGCAGUUAAAGAUGUUCUCAGUUUCAAGCUUAAAGAUAUGGACCAUGUGUCCUUUUCAUCAUCAGAUGAGUUACAAAAUUCUCUUUUACAAGCACAAACUGUUCUCUUUUAUUUAUAUCAUUCAACUGAACACGCCUCUACACCAGAUAAUAGUCCACUUCUAAAGUCAACUAUAUUGCCAACAACUGCCGAUGUCGAUGAAGAUAGCAAAGAUGAUGCCAAUAAUGUGUCAAACAAGCAUUGA